AUGACGUACUCAUGACUCUGGUGACCAUAAUUUGAUUGUUAUUUAUAAUUAUAAUGUUAUCGACUAUUCAACUAUCGUAUAAUACAAUCGCAUGUGACACGGUGUUUAAUUUGACGACGAUUGUUGAUAAUAUAAAUUCCUUCAUCUCCAGUGACGGGGACACGAGUCGUCUACUGCGUAGUGCGUAGGUCGUAGGACACUAGGACAGCAUCCUAUUUAAUGUUUCGUCGUUUCAAUAAUAAUUGUUUCGUUAAUCGUUCUCUUAAAUACAUUAAACUCUAUUGGAAUUCUCGACCUAAAAGUGAUUUAAAAUGAAUUAUACUGUAUUCGUUCUAUAGUUAUACAUUCAGCCGCAAUUGUUUUUUGAUAUUCUUAAAUUCUAAAAUGGGAGGCAAAAGCUCCAAACAUGAUCGUGUUAUAGAACCAUUAACCUUCGACGAAAAUGAUUGUAUCGAUAAAUUGAUGAGCUACAAAGAAAUUGUUACCUUGGACGAACUGUUACACAGGUGGAAUUCAUACUUAACUCAUAACAUGAAUGGUCAUAUUAAACAAUUGUUUGCAACCAACAAACCGUGUCGACAGCGUGUAGUGCAUGUCUACCGAUGUUUAUCGACCUGUGAAAUGUACCAUGAAUCUUACCUUAAAAUAAUGUCAAUUGUACUUGCAAAAUCAAAUAUUGAACGAUAUACAAUUGAUCUUUUGGAAACCAUAAAUCUUUGUUUAAAGGAUACUGAUGAGUACGCUUACUGGAUCAGAAUUGGAGCCAAAGCACAUACCAUUCUUCAACUUUCAUCUCAAUUGUCUAAAGACGGUUUGACGGGUGAUAUUGCAGCAUGGGUGCGAGGCAAUACUCUUCUUGGACUUUUGCAUAGAGCUCUGGUUACUACACUUUACUCAGUGCCACGUAAACUGGAUUUACUUCCAGCUAUUAAUAUAAAUCAAAAGUAUAUACAGUCGUUCAAAACCAUUUUAGAUCUUGGAUGGAUAAUGUUCAUAAAGAACAGUUUACCAGCUGAUUGUCAAGAUAGUUGGAGAUUAUUGUUUUCAUCUACUUCACAUGGUGAGAGCUUCCAAUCACUCAGUGCUGCCAUAAUUGACCAAGGAAGUACAAUUUUAAUUUUAAAAGAUAAUUCUGGUAAUAUAUUUGGAGGAUACGCUUCACAAUCGUGGUUAUUAAGACCUAAAUUUUAUGGAAAUUCGAGUUGUUUUGUCUUCUCUUUAUAUCCAAAUUUGAAUAUAUGUACUUCUUCUGGACAUAAUGAUAAUUUUCUGUACAUGAAUAGUGGUCAGCAUACACUACCUAAUGGCAUAGGAAUGGGAGGACAAUUUGGCUAUUGGGGAUUAUGGAUAGAUUCAGAGUAUGGCAUUGGCAAAAGUAGUCCUUCGUGUUCAACAUUUAAUGAUUAUUCAAUGUUAUCAGCUAACAAAGAUUUCACAAUUGAUUCAUUAGAAAUAUGGUGUGUUAAAGAAAAACCAAAACUAGAUGAUGAAGAGGAAGAAAGAAAACUUCCUUCAGAUAGAGAUGAUUGGGAUAUGAAUCUAUUGGAUAUGGCUGGACGUACAAAAUACUCUGAUGGAUUACGAGAUGAAGAUGAAUUUAAAUGAGUACCAGUGACCAACCUAAUCCAUGAUGAUGUUCAAUUAUUCAAUUAUGUUAUUAGUUUAACUUGACUCAAAUGAUUACCGUUUUUAGUCUAAUUAAAUUUUUGCUUUGUCACAAAUCUUAAUAAAUAUCUGAUGUUUGAUUAUUAUUUUUUUUUUUUUUAGUAUGUUUUAUUUAUUUUAAUUGAGCAAGUUAUGUUUAAAUAUUAAUUUUAAAUUAUAAAUACAUAUUUCUAAAAUAAAAUUAAAAAAAGUCUGAUUUUUUUAAUUUAAUAAAUAAUAAAAGCUUAUUAAAAGGUUUA